AUGGUCGUCCAAGCACCACCUACGGAGCAGCCAAUUGUUGCCCAAACUUCGCCUCCUACUGUAGCUCCCACCUUGGUACCAACGGCUGCGCCGACGGCUAGCCCAACGGCUCCCUGCGAGAGGCCGUACACGUGGUCCAACGAGAGCGAAAUUCCGUGCGUCGAUAUGGUUACGGCGGUGGACAAGGCCAGCGGAGCGGGCGCAUUCUACGACGAGGAAGGCUGCGGACCUGACGCCGAAAGUAUAAGCGUGGUUGGCUGUGCCCACGGCGGCGUCGGCAACUGCAGGCUGUGCGUUUUCAACCGCGGCCUGUUCAGUGAGACAAUUCUAGGCGGCGAAGAGGUGCCAUUCGUAGAUUGCCCCUGCUGCGUGCCAGACACCUACGAGAUGGGAGGAGACAUCGACUGCGAGUUCGCAUACUCUUCACCACCAGUCUCUGCACCCACACCGGUGUCCGUCGAGGGGAACGCAUCCACACCCGCGCCGGCACCGGGGGAAGGGGACACGAAUUCAACGUUGGCGCCCACGAUUCCGAUGGAGCCGUGCGAAACCAGCGCGGGAGGCAACAGCAGCGCCUUGCUUUGCGUGGACAUCGCCAGCGCGGUAGACUGGGAUGACGGAAUCGGGACGUACUACGAGAGCGGUUGCCAGGGAGUCGGGUGCGACAUCGCUGGCCACGUUGACUGCCGACAGUGCGUGUUCGACAGCGAGGCAUACGCGACGUCCGGGGGAAAUCUAGAGCUGGCAGCAUGCCCCUGCUGCGUACCGAUCACCUACAAGCUCCGGCCGGAAGGCUCGGAAUGCGUCUGGCCCCCCACCCCAUCCCCCACGGCCGCCCCAACUACAGCUGAGGAGUGGUCGGAGCGCAAUGGCGCUGCUCGACCGGGGAUGGCGUUCGGUGGUCCCCUGGUGGUGAUUGCAGCCGUUGUGGGGGGACUCGUCGGGCUUGAAUAG